CACCGCUCCUACCGCUAUCAACCUCCCGCCCCUCCUCAGCGACCCUCAGCCCCGCCCUCUCCUCGACUCGAUGCGCGCAGCACGCGCCCCCUCCUCCAUCCCACCCUCUCCUUCACGCCCCAACCCCCCUCCUCCACCAUACAGCCUUGUCAUACAGCUCGUCAGUUGCUUCGUCAGUGUCUCAUUAUAUAUAUUUUUUAUCCUCCUCCACCAUACCUCCCUCCCUGCCUCCCACCCAGGCCUCCCCCCUCGCCGGCGGCGGCCUCUCCCAAGCCCUGGCUGCCUCCCCCUCCAUCUCCCACCCCCACCACCCCCUCCACCCCCACCACCACCUGCAGCAGCUCAGAGUGGGCAGCGGCAGCGGCGGCAGCAGCCCCUUCUCCACCCAGAGCCUCACCCCGCCCCUUUCCUCCCAACCACACCCGCUGCAGGGGCCUUCGGACCCGGCCCCCGCCUCCUUCGAACAGGGCUCUGCUGCCUCCCGCCCCACCUCUGCAGGCGGAGCCGCCGCCGCCGCCGCAGCAGCAGCAUCUGGUCCGCUGAGCUCCGGCUCCCACCCCCAGCUCGGUUACCCCCAUCACGCCCACCAAACCCUACAUUCCUAUCAUGGAGGGUCGCAUAGCCACCACCACCACCCCCACCCGCAGCAGCAGCCCUCACCGCUGCUCCCAGCAGCACUGCGAGCAGGGCAGCUGCCGCAGCUGGGCAGUUCGGGGCAUCAUGGGGGGGGGCUUCAUGCGUUGGAGGGGCGGGUGGAGGGCCCCCUGGGUCGGGCGCUGGCCAACACCAUGUCCACCAGCAGCGUGGCGAGCAUGGCGGAUAGGGAUACGACCAGGGAAAAUAGUGGUUGACGUGCGGUGGCCGCAGCUGCACUCGGCUUGCCGGCAUCUUCCCCCCCCGCUUCCUGUACACCUGCACGGUGGGGCGCAACCGCAGCAAGGCGCGGUACGCCCUAGCCACCAGUGCGGAGGUGGGCGACCUGCUGGAGGCGCUGGUGCAGCAGGGCAUCUACCACCGCGCCCCCGCGGCCCCCUGCGCCUGCUCCGCCCCAGCCGACUGCAGCAGUGGUGGCGGUGCGGGAGGCGGCGGGGGGGGCAUGCUGGCUGGGGGUUGCGGGCGGGUGGGCUCGCUGUCCUCCGCGGAGGCGCUGUCCCCCGACUCCAUGAUGGCUAGUUUCGUGAUGCAGCGGGGCUUCAGGGGUGGAUGCGGCCCCAUGGAUCGCACCGGCUCCAUCUCCCUCGCCUCCGAGGAGGGACCCUCCCUGCCGCACUCCCCCGGACCGGCGGCCGACUACACCUCGGCACCUGCGGCAGCAGCGGCACCAGCAGCUGCUGCAGCCUCUGCGGGUGCGGGUGCGGGGGGUGCGGGUGUUACUGCCGCAGGCGGCAGCAGCGCUGGAGGCAGUGCUGCCGCCUCGCCGCCGUCGGUGCCUCUCAGCCAGUCCGCCCCCUCACACCUCCAAUACCCCCAUCCGCACCCCCACCAGCUGCUGCUUCCCUUCCCGCAGCACCAGCACCACCUCAAUCCGCACCUCCCCCACACGACACAGCCGCAGCAGCAGCAGCCUCAACAGUUCGCAUUGCCCACCCACCCCCACCCCCACCAGCAACCGCACCCCCACACCCUCUACCCGCCACAUCAUGCCUCAUCAGGAGGCAUGGCAGGUGCCGCUAUGGGUGCCGCUGCUGCUGCCGCUGCUGCUGCCGCUGCUGCUGCCGCUGCUGCGGCGGCGGCAGGCCUUGCGGGUCCGGGUCGGCGUGCGGGGCCACUGUCCAUGAGUGCCGGGGGAGCUCCCCUGAUGGCAGGUGGAGGUGGCGAAGGUGGCAGCCUGGGCUGUAGGGCUGCCGGGGGGGCCCUCCACCCACCUCCACUGCUAACGGAGCAGCUGCUGCUGCGGCCGCCGCACCUGGCACCCACGGGGCCGCAGUCGCCGCCGCCGCAGCAGCUGGCGUUGCAGCAGCUGGCGGCCAUGCCGUCGCCGCAGCGCCUGCAGCAGCAGCAGCAGGAGCAGCAGCAGCAAUCCUAUCAGCACCCGCAACCACAGCAGCAGCCACAGCAGCAGCAGCAGGUACGGCAAACGGAGCCCACUCGACAGACGGGCUGGUUCGAGGCAACACCUGCAGCGUUGGGGGAAGCGCUUGGGCUGCAGCCGGCAGGGGGGCAGCAGAAGCAGCCGCAACCGCAGUUGCAGCAGUUGAUUCAGGGGUUAUCCGAAGUGGAGGGGUUCGGAGCAGGGGAAGAUCAUGGAGCUGGAGAUGUAGAUGGAUUUGAGGGGGAAAUUCUUUCGAACGAAUCGAAUGUGUUUGCGGACGGUGCCGGUGUGUAAGAGAGCGGCGGUCUGUGUGACAGGAUGUUUAUGUGCGGGCGUAGUGCAAGCGCGGAGGGAGUGUACGGAGCGGUUGAGGGCUGCUGAGGUCGGGGGCUCCGGAACAAACGGUAUAACGUUGAGGUGUGUUUGAGGCUUGGUCGUUGACGUGUACGGUAAUGGUGUACGGUAUGCUGUCCGCGCGCCCCAUCAUGCGCUGAUGAUCUGCACCCUGAUGGCAAAUUGCUGAGGUGCAGAAAAGCCCUGGUGAAGGAGGGGAGAGAGAGAGACUGGAAGAGCGUGUGUGCGGCCAACUGGCGGAGGGCAGGGCACGACUCGCUGGGGUGCUGAGGAGCCGAGCUCCGGUAUGAGCCCUGCUGGUGCCCUGCUGGCCUGGGCGUCUGGGUGCCUGGCAUCACAACGACGACGACGAUGACGGUUGUCUGUUAUAGUUCGGGAAGCGUCGUGGGGGAUGCCCUGGGGGUAACAACCACAUUGGUCACCAUACAAGAGCAAGCGCUAGCAAAGUGCAACCCGUUGGGUUUACACACGUGUCUUCUUACAUGCAGCACCAGCUAUCUAAGCAGUUUUUGAGUUACGGUUCAGGUUUGGUUACCUCUGUUUUGCCUGUGCUUGCGGUUCACAUGCGAACCCAUCCCAACUGCUAAUGCUCUUGUUUCUGCUCAAUUACACACGUGUCCGUACAGUGCUAGUUAUUUGAAGUACGGCAAAACACAUGCAUCCGGGCAAGUCCAGGCAGAAAGGCCAGCUAGUCCCCUACAUGCCUGUAGCCUCUGUGGGCACAUGUUUGCCACAGACGGAAACGGGCUGAAGAAGCGUUCGCGUACCUGUAUACAGCUACCUGGCCUUCCAUCGCCCAUGCGGACACGCAGUCGUUAACGGUGUAUACUGG